GUGGCAUUAAUCUGCAAAAAAAAAAAAAAAAAGAAAAAGAAAAAAGUCACAGUGAAAAUGCAUCAGCUCCACUCUGUCCUCCUGGUAGCAGCUCAGACUUUUCCAGGCUGCCCUGCUGCUCUGUGGGUGGAGCUACAUCCACCAACGAGCUGCUGCUGCUGCUGAGGCUGGUUCCUAAGACAACCCAGGAAACAUGCAUUUGCAUUAGCGAGCCUCGCUUCAAGCAGCCACACCGGAGAGAGCUGCAUGUCUGCGCGACACAAGGCAGGAACACUGUGGUCGUACUGCACCGACAGCGGAUAUAUGAUGCAAAGCACCUCAGCGACCGUUUGAAGCCGAGCUUUCUGCGUGAACCUGCACACUGACUGAACCCAUUUUCUGCACAGAGACCUCUGGCUUUGUUCCACCACCCACAAGAUGCAUAUGAAUAGCUUAUUAAAUCAAUGGACGGACAUCUCCAGAAUGUGUGAUGUGGACGUGUCCUCAGAGCCCACCAGUCCAACUCUUUACGGUGAAUCUUCAGAUAAAUACUACCAUGUGGAUCGCUGGCAGAAGCUUCGCACAGCUGUCCGCAAACUGGAGUUUUGGGAAAACUUCAGUGCUGAGCUAAUCGGGAGCGGCUUUUUCUCCAAAGUCUAUAAGGUGAUGCACAGCACUAGUCGGAAGGUGAUGGUGGUGAAGAUCUACAAAAACGACGUAGACCAAGACAGCAUUGUACGAGAGAUUAGCCUGCUGCAGAAACUUUCCCACCCCAACAUCGUCAGAUAUCUGGGAAUCUGUGUGAAAGAAGACAAACUCUAUCCAAUCUUAGAGUAUGUGAACGGUGGCUGUCUGGAGGAGCUUCUGGCCAGGAAGGAUGUUCCUCUGUGUUGGAGAGAGAAGGUGGACCUGGCCUGUGACAUCAGCAGAGGAAUGAUCUACCUGCACUACAAGAACAUUUACCACAGAGACCUCAACUCGAAGAACUGUCUGAUCCGGGUGACAUCUCGGGGUCGGGAGGCUCUGGUGACAGAUUUUGGCCUGGCCAGGGAAGUAGUAGAGCUGCCAGUGAAAGACCCCGGCAGGAAGCUCUCACUGGUGGGCUCAGCCUUCUGGAUGGCCCCUGAGAUGCUCAGAGGAGAGCCAUACGACCGCAAGGUGGACGUUUUCUCCUUUGGCAUUGUUCUCUGUGAAGUCCUGGCCAGGAUCCCUGCUGACCCAGAGAUACUCCCCAGAACCCAGGACUAUGGGCUGGAUGUGAACGCAUUCAGGGAGCUGGUGACUGACUGCCCUCAGCGUCUCCUGGAGUUAGCAGCUAGCUGCUGUAUGAUGGAGUCCUUCCGACGUCCAGCGUUUACAGAGUUGCUGGACGAGAUGAGCGAAGUCGCCGAGAGUCUGGAGCCACCACCGAAAUCUGACCUGACCACGAGCUGAGCGGUGCGUCUGUAAAUCCCGCUUGUCCUGCAUCAGCAGCGGAGGCUCUGGGAUCAGUAUUGGUUGCUGUCUGGACGGUAGCCUGGACGGAACAAAAAACACACUUGGAUAAUCCGUGGCAUCCCUCUGCUCCUCCACACAACACACGACAUGGCUGAACUUGUCUCCACUGAGCUGCUGCAAGUAUAGUGUGUUUCCAGAGAGCAGUGGAAACUCUCCUGACGUCUGUGGACACUUUGCUUUGACCACCUUUGUGUACAGAUCAUUAGUAGUUAGGAGUGAAUACACUCGUUUUUGUUGUUUUUUUGACUAAACUGGCUCACCCUCUCCUCCUUUCUUUGUAGGGGUUUGUUUGUAACUGACGACACAGAUCAUCAGGUCUGUUGACGUUAUAUUCCUCCUCUGUCUGCUCUCCUUGUCCCUUUCGAUCCUACAGGUCUGGACUCUUCUCCAUCAGGAAGCUUCAUUUGUUAAAUGAGCGCUCUGCUCUCUGCUUGGACUUCAACAAAGGGAUCGCUUCAUACACGAUGGGACACAAAAAUCCUUUAGAAAGCAGAGCAAACUUGAGUAUGAGAUUUAAGUUUGACUUGAAAGAGUUGGAUUCAGGUUAACAAUUCAUAAUCACAGUUCCAGUUACAGUAUAUCAUGUGGUUCAGUUUUAGCUAUUUGUUUUCCCAUAAAAUGACUGGUUUUGUUGAAAAAUAAUGAAAACCUCCCAACAUAUCUCAUUUCCAGGAACAAAAGAAUAAUAAUUUAGCGCCUUUAGCUUUAUUAAAAAGAAUUACUUUGCAGUUUGAAUUAUCAAGUGGAUUUUGCUCACAAGAACUUCAAAUGUCUCUCCAGUGAAAUCACAUAAAUGUUUUAGUUAAAUAUGCACAGUCUAAUGUCUGCAUCGGCUUUUGCUUCGUCAUAUUUUGUGUUAUUUUUCUGGGUUUAAUGGAGUUAUUUUGAUCUGAAUAUGUGCAUGUAAAUAUUUAAGCUUUUCUCUUUCACUCUGCUUUUUUCUUUCUUUUUGUUUUUCUAUUCUGCCACACAUUCUUUUUCUUGUUGUGGUUAUGUGUGUGGUCCCAGAGAUUUUUCAGGCAGCUAUGAUACAUGAUGCAUUUGAUUUAUAUCCUAUUAACUUUAUUUUGCCUUUUAUGAUGAAAAAAAAAUGAAAUGAUCUAUAACUUUAUUUCCCAUUUAGCAGACAGCUCUCCAUUCGAGGGCAUAAAUAUUCAUUUUGCAUUUAGUAGUCACUGUUUUUAGUUUUCACAUUCCAUCAUGGAAAACAAAUGGAACCAUUUUCAUUUAAUCUACUUCAAUAAAGUUUGGGAAAAAAAAGUUUGUAUGAAUGUGUAUCAUAAGACGACUUCAUCAUGUUAUAUAUUUCUGUGUAAUUACACAUGGAUGCACAGAAAGAUGUCUCUGUUAAAGAGAGCUGGGUACCAGAGUAAAAGAUAUCACAACAGACUGAGUAUGAAAAUGAAAAACAUGACAGCUCCUCAAAAGCGAAGCCAAAUAGAAUUUUGAUCAUAUUUGUACAAUAGGAGGAAGUUGUGACUAUAGACUGUAUAUAAAAGAUGGACAUAACCUGUAGAUCUGAAAAGUGAAGCCAAGUGCUUUAGACCUGUGUUGUUUCUAACAGCCAGCAGGGGGCGACUCCUCUGGUUGAAAAUGGAAGUCUGAUUGUAUAGAAGUCCAUGAGAAAGGGAUUCUACUUUCCCCCUGCCAGUGACGUAAUGGUCUCAGUCGCUUGAUAGAAGACUUUUGAAUACACUAUGAUAUUUAGAGUAAAACACACAGCAAAGCAGAGUAUGUUCUAGGGCAGGAUUACCUUGUGAUCGGCAGGUUGGUACUGUAUAUAUGUGUAUGUGCAGUGUGUGUGUGUGUGUAGUGUGGUGGAGUUUCCAGUCAGAUAAACUCAUGGCUUGUUAAGUCCAGUUUCAUGGCGACAUGACAGAACUCCUCAAAAUUCCUUUCUUUUCUUUUAAAGCCUUAAAAAGUUAGUGAACAAUCCAGAGAGUGAUGUCACAGGACCUAUUAAAAGUAUUCAACCCCC